AUGUUAUCAAUUACAAAAUUUAAUGCUAAAUAAAAAAAAAAGGUCUGGCAAUACUUCAAUCAAGAUGACUCUAUUCAGACUGAUGAAUUAUAAGUCACUAAAUCUUAAAUUGCUUAAAUGGAAGAAAUUGUUAAUCUUCACCAUCCUUCUCUUGACUUUUCAGAAAAAUAAUUCAUUUAUAUUAAAUAGAACCUUCAAUCCCUUUCCACUAAUACACUCUUAUCCUAUUGUUAUUUAAGUUUAAAAAAAAUAUUAGAAAUCCCUAACAAUCCUAACUUUAGUAAAAAAUUAAUAGAUUCAGAUGAAAUUCUUCUACAAGAAUCUUUAGGCUUCGAUACUAAUAGCCAUUUAGAUAAUAUUAGUUAAUCUAACAUUUAAGAAUCACAAACUCAAAAUAACACUUUAUAAGCCAAAUUCAAAUAUCAAUCUUAAUUAUUUGACAGCAUAUCAUUUUUUGUUAUGACCAUUUAAGAUAUUUUAUUAAACGAUACCGAUAUUAAUCAAAACAGUACAUUAUUAGGACCAAUACUAUAUGAUAUAACUUAAAUCUAUCUAAUUUAAUAUCUACGUCUUUGUAGAAUUUCCAUUGAAAUCAAAAAUUAACAAGCCUUUUCAUUUGAACAUUAUUCAAGAGGAUAAUAACUUCUAUUACUUGCAUAUAAUUUAUUUAAUGAUUAAUAAAUCCAAAAUAUUUACAAUCUUAUUUACAAUUUCAGAAUUGUAUCCCAACUUACAUUUUAAGAUCAUUAAAUUUCUUUAGAUAUUUCCAAAAUCUUAAAAGAUUUCUUAAAUUAUCAUUAUCAAAGUUUAUAACAUAUGUAAUAACUAUUCAAAUUUGAAUAACCCCUCAAAUAUACUUUUCUUGAUUAGUUUUUAAGAAAUUCUAAUGAAAAUAUAUAUCAAUUAUUAUUUUAAGAAAUAUAACACUUUGAUCAAAGGUUUUAAUCCAAUUGCUAUGUUUUAGAACUUAAAUGGUUGUCAUAUUACUGGUUUCUAACCUCUAAUAAUUAAGACGAAAAAUUAAGAUAAUUAGUUAAAAACCACAUUAAUAAUCCAAAUUCUUGGUAAGAUUUAUUUUUAAAAUUAAUAUAUAUUGGUUCUAAAAGACUCCUACGUAUCUUUAUCAAUCUUGAAAAGUUUUAAAAUUCAAACGACAUUAUGAGAAUCUGGCAAGAUACAAUCUUUAACAUUAUCACUAAUACCUUCUUAAUUCAAACCAAUUAAUAAUACCAAUAAGAUUUUAAUGACUAACUAUUUUUAUUCAUUUUAAAUUACUUGUAGCCUAUUUUAUAGUACAAAUACAAGCAUAACUAAAGUUCUAAAAAAGUUCUUAAUUUACUGGAGGAUUCCAUUAAACAUCGCUUAGCUGAAGAAACUAAAUUUUAGAAAAAAUUAUUUGAUAUUCUCAUCACUAGUGAUUUAGCAUGUUAUGGUGAUAAUAUUUAAGAAUAUAUUUUUAAAGUUUUCUCUCCAUUAUAAUUCUCCUCUGAUCCUAUUACCAUAGCAAAAUAUAUUCUAUUAUGUAAUUAAAAUCAAUGCAGAUAAAAGAUCAUUAAUCACAUUUAUUGCUCAAUUAUUAAAUAUAGAUAAAUAAGCAACAUCAAUUCAAAAGCAGAUUUAAAUCAAAUCAUCCAAUUACUUCAUUAAAUGAUUAUUUAUUUUUAAAAAGAAUCGACAGAUGAAAAUCAUUCUUAAUUUUUAUCUUAAUAAAUAAUACUCUCUUUAAGAUCCAUGAUAACAAUUAUAAUAAAAAUAGAUGUUCCCCAAUCAUAAUAAACCUAUGAUUAAUUGCCCAGUUUUAAUCAACUUUUAGUUUUAGAAUUACCUAAUGAAACCCUUCCAAGAAAUAUUUUUGAUAAUUCUCUUUGUCAACUUAUAUCAUAGUUUUUAAACAAAAUUUUACAAUUAGCUAAUUCAUUGAAACAUUUUUAAUUGGAAGAUUUUUAUGAAAUUUUAAUUUUGGUACUUAAAUUAAUUUAUGUUGUACAAAAGUUUAUGAUACUUAAUGAUGAUAUAGUGACUCUAAAUUUGUUCUUAGACAAUAUAGAUUAAUCUCUUUAUGAAUAUAUUACAAAAGUAUUCAUAAAUCAUGAAAAAUUAUCAUAGAGUUAAAUAAAAUAUAUAAUUGAAAAUUUUAAUUUACUAACAGUUGAAGAUUUUUUGACAAAAAAUAUGAGUAGCAUUUCUGAAAACAAUCAAAAAUUUAUGAAUUAUCGUUUACUAAAAAUAUUUAUUAGUUGCAUUUUUGAAUGUGAUUUACCUUCUGAAUAUAAAUAAUUAAUUGUCAAUUUUAUUUUAUAAGCUGCAAGAUAACACAAACAAUAAUUUUCCACAAUAUUAAAUAAAUUAAUAUUACUCUUAGUUAUAGAAAAAAAUGAAUAAUCAAAUUAAAUAAGAUAAUCUAUGAUAGAAAUUAUUAAAUUAAGUUGUGAAAUCAGUUUUUCAAAUUCACAAUUGUAUUACUUAUUAAGGUUAUGUUUCGGAGAGUCUAAUAAUUUAUUAAUAUUUCGAAACUCUUUACCUGAUUAUUAAUAUGGUUAAUAAUUAGCAGAUUAAAUAUUUGAAAAUGAUGGAGAUUUAAUAAAUAUAUUUUUUGAACCAUAACUAAAGUUAGUAAAAAAAAAUAAUUUUUCAUAAGGCUUAUCAGACUUUAUAUCAAUUUUUAAAAGCCUAUUUGAAAAUAAUGAUUCAUAUCUCUUUUUUAAAGAUCUAAACUCUUAUAUUAGUUUUCCUAUACAAUUCAAUAUUCAAAAAGGAUUUACAAUGUAUUUUGAAAUUUAAUUUUUAAACAAAAUAGUCUAAGAAAAUUUUGGGUUUUAAGAUUCCUAAGAAUUAAUUCAAUAAGAAAAUCGCCUAUAGUUUUAUGAUUUUGCAACUUUAUAUUUUAAAAAGAAUUUAAAAGAAAGAAGUGGAAUUCAAAUUCUAAUAUCUAAAUAAUGUGUUUAGAUUAGACAAUUUAAAGUGUUAAAUAAAUAAGAUUUUUUAGGAUAAGUAUCCUAAAGCUUUGAAAUCAAUUUAACAGAGACAUCAAAAUACAAAUACUAAAUUAACUAUAAUAAAGACCAUUUCACAGCUUAUAUUAAUGGUCAAUAAUGCAAAAGCAAGGUUAAUCAGAUAAUGGAGAUAAAUGAAAUUAUUUAAAUUGAUUUAGGAAAAUCAAUUGAAUCUACAUCAAACAUUAGCUAAAUCUUUUGUACUCAAUCUUUUGAUUAUGAAACCAAUAUUUUUUAAGGAAAAAUGUUUAAUUUUUGUCUUAUUGAUCAACCAAUAAAAAAUGGAUCUGUUUUAGAACUGGAAACUAAAUCUUAAUAUUUGAUUAAAUUCUCCAAACUUUUAAAAAUUAUUAAUCCUUUUGAUAUUUAAUAAGAACGUGAAAGUAAAGAUUUAUUUGAAAUCAAUGAUAUUAUUAAAAAAAAAUAACCUUACGAAGUACAUUCCAUUUUUUACAAAUAAAUAUCAAAUUUAUAUGAUGUUCUAAAAAAUAAUAACAUUUAUCAUUUAAUUUUGCUUAUAUUUUAAGAAAUUUUAAAUUAGUAAUAAUUGUAAGAAUAUGAAAACUAAAUUACAGAUCUAUUAACUAUUUUAUUUGAUUAAAUUAUACUUAAAAAUGAAGAAACAUUGAAUACUUUUUUCAAACAGGAAUUUAAUAAUUUUACAACCAUACUAUUAUAAAUAACAUCUAAAGUUAAAUUACAAAAAUUACUUGAAAUUUUGGUUAAUUUUAAUGAAAAAUUAGAUUAAAUGAAUUCAAAAUAUUUUUUUUAAGUUACGAAUUAAGUAAUUUAUUAAUUUUCUUUAUUUGAAUAAUUUGUGGAUGAUGAAAUAUUUCUUAAUAGUUAUUUUUUUGAGCUUUUAAAAAAAAAAUACGGAAUGCCAUUAGAAUAAAUUAUAGAGUAAAUAAUAAAAAAUCCUAAUUUAUAAAUUUUAGAGACAAAAUAGUUUUUUGAUUUUUUAAAUUAUUCAUUAGAAAAGCCCUUUUCUUAAGAGAAUAAAAUUAAGCAUUAAAACUUAUUUUAUAAAUUUGUGAGUGAUAUUUAAUUAUUUGCAAAGCUUUUUGAAUAUUAAGAUCUAAAUUCUAAUUAUCUUCAUAUAAUAAAGUCUUAUUUAAAGUUAGUUUGUUCAACUUAUUAAUAAAGUUUAAAAAACAAUUUAUAAAAAUAUAAUUAAAAUACAUCAAUGAUAAAUUAAAAAAAUGAUGUUAUGUAUUUCAGUGCAUUACUAAAAGCCUGUUAAAAAAAAUUAUUUAAAAAUACAAGUGAUAUUUUUUAUUGGAAUUUUAUUAAUUUAUUAUUAUUCAUAGAAGAACUUCACAAAGAAAAUCUCUAAUAUAAUCCUACUAUUGUAGAUUCCCUUAUUCUUGAAAUAAUACUUUAUAGAGAUAAUCUGAAAAUAGAUGAUUCUGUUUUAGAAAUAGUUGUAGAUAUUCUCAGAGAAAUAAAAAACAUAAAUACAAGAUGUACAUUUAUAAAUCUUAUUGCUCUUCUUUUGAACAAUAAUACUUACUUAUUUGAAAUAAAAUGUAAACCUGCUUUAAUUGAUAUAUUAAGUAAUUUAUUAUAAUACGAUUUGUAACUAUUUGAUUUGAUUGAAAAUAGUAUGUUAGAAUUAAUUUUUGACUCAAUAAAUUAUAAAGAUUAAAGCAAAAGCUCUUAAAAUUUUUACCUAAAUUUAAUUAAAGCAAAAAUCACUAAUUAACAUCUUAAAUCAAUAGAUUUAGGAAGAUUGUUGAAAAUUUUAUCACAUUUUCCUGAAGUAUUUUAGAAUUUACUUGCAUAUAUCUAAAGUAAAUUGUAACAGAAUUAAGUAAAAAAUUAAGUCAUCCUAAUCGCUAAUCUUUUAAAAAUGUUAAACAUUAUGAAAAAAGAUUGUUUUGCAAAAGAUUAAAAUAAUGAAUUCGAAAAACUUGCCUCUUAAUUAUAAUUUUUUAUUCAAUUGUUUUAUGAAAAGAAUUUUUUCAAAUUUAAUUUUAAAAAAAAGUAAAUGGACAAUUUAAAAAUAGAAAAUAUUAUAAGUUGUGGUGGAUUAUUUGGACUAUUUAGUGAGAUAUUUUUAGAAGCAAUAUCUAAUAAAUAAACCAAAUAUGUUAUUAAUAAUAUUUUAAAACUUUUAGAUAUAUAUUUAGAGGAAAUGAAUAAGAAAACAGAUGAUUUAUUAGUUAAGGAAUUAUAUGGGGUUUUCAAUUAUGGAUAAGAUAAAAAUGGGAUUAAAUUUCCCAUUAUUACAAUAAUUUUUAAAAAUUCCUUAUCUAAUAAUACAGAAAGUUUAACUGCUCCUAUAGCAGAAAUUAUAGCCAAAAUUUUGAAAGUUAUUAAUGAAAUAGAAUAGUAAUAGGAAAAAUAAUUGGAAAAAAGUCCAAAUAUAUAAAAAAUGAUGAUGGAUGAAUUUAAUAUUAUGAAUUCUUAAAUUUAUAUUGAAAGUUAUCAGAAUCAACUUUAAUAAUAAUAUGAGGAAUAUAAAAAAAAUAAAUUGGAUUUAUUUUAAUAAAAAGAAUUAAAAAAUACAUUUAUAUCUACUACUUGUGAUACAUCUUUAAUUUCAUUUAAAAAAAAGGAUCUAAGUGAAUCAAAAAAUUCAUUUUAAACUUAUCAAAAUAACUUUUUAUUUUUUAGCUUCUAUUUUUAAAAUAGUUUUAAGAAUUUAGUUUAAUUAAAUUAAAUAAUCAAAGAUUUAAAUAAUGGAAUUUUUCAUAAAAAGCACAGUUUGAUUGAAAAUUAUAAAAUUAUGUGGAGCCACACAAAUCUUGUAGAUUAUGAAAAUAAAAUUAUAUUUAAAAAGUAAAUCCCUUUGAAAAAUGAAGAUGAUGAAAAAGUUUAUUUGAAUUCCUUUUAAAUUUAAUUAGAAUCACAAAAAGAAAGUAAAGUUGAAAUUACAUAAGAAUAUUAAGAAAUUAAUGCAAGUUUAAGAAAUGUUUUAAAUAAAGGUGAGGAUAUUAAACUUGUAAUUAUUAGAGAGGGUAUUACAUUUAUAGAUCCAUUUAAUAAUGAGAAAGUUGUUAUUUCAAAUGAAGGUUGUAAAGUGAGUCUUAUGAAAUAUAUGCAUUAAGAAAAAAGUUUUUUAAUAAAAAAGUUUGAUUAAGGCUGUUAAAGAUUUUACUUUUUUGUUAUAAAUACAGAAAGUUAAUUUAAAUAACUAAAGAAACAUUUUUAAAAUUUAGGAAUGUUGAAUAAAAAAUCAUUAUUUGAAAUUAAGAAAAAUUUAUCCUAAAAAUGGUAAUAAGGAUAAUUGUCUAAUUAUCAAUAUAUUUAUUUAUUAAAUUCUCAUUCAGGUAGAAAUUUAUUUGAUAAAAAUAAUUAUUAUAUAUUUCCUUGGACAUCAAUAAAUUAUAACAAUAAUAUUCCUAUUAUUAAUCGUAAUUUUUCAUAAAGUAUUUUUAAUUAGAGACCUACUAUGCUUUAGGAAUAUUUUCAUUCUAAUCAAAAGUAAUUAGAUUUUUUUUUAUCUAUUAAUUAAUAAGAUGAUGUCAAUUUCUAAACAUAAUAAUUUUAAAGUUCAAACCCUGAUUAAAAUCUAAAAGAGUAAAGAUAAGAUAAAAAAAAAUAAAUUCUAAAUAAUUUUAUCAAUAAUUUGCAAAAUUUAGGAGAAUCAUUGCCUGAAUUUUAUUCAAAUCCAUAAUUUUUUUCAGAAUUUUAAUUACCAGAUUGGGUAUCUACUUAAACACCUGAAGAAUUUGUUUAUAUAAUGAGAGUUCAUCUAGAAUCCAGGAUAGUUCAAGAAUUAUUGCCAAAUUGGAUUGAUUUGAUAUUUGGAAUUCAUUCAUAGCAACAAAACAAAUAAUAAUAAUCUUAAGAAUAACCAUAUAAAGUAUAUAAAUUUUAUAUAUUAGGAUUAAUGCAAAUGCUAACAAAAUAGAAAUCUAUAUAGAGAAAAUAUGAAUGUUUGUGAGUUUGGUCAGCCAUUGUAAUAAAUUUUCACAGAAAAACAUUAGUCAAAAAAGCUAUGUAAAAAAUAGUAUAUUUUUAGUUAAUCCAUUAUUUGAAAAUUAGUCUUAAAUAAAAAUAACUACAAAAAGAUUACUUUACAAAGGUGAUGAGAAAAUUAUUUCAUCUUAUUAUUAUUAGUCAGAAUUCAUUCUUAUUUCAGAAUAAGGAAUAGCAAUUAUUUUAGAUGCGGAUAAAUAAUUAAUAUAAAAAAUUAUUGUUGAAUGUGAUUGUCUCAAUAUCAAAUUAAAAAAAAAAUUAGAAACAAAAAAGCCUUUAACUCAUUAAUAAAUAUGCUAUAUUGAUUUUGACAAUUAGUAUCUUCCAGAUAAGCAAGAAUCCUAAAAUCAUAUUUUAGUAACAGAUAAAUUAAGUUUAUUUUAAAAUAAUACAAUAUUUUUCAUUAUUGCAGGAUAUCCAAAUGGAGAAUUUAGAUCAUUUAAAGGGAGUAAAUUAAAAGAAAAACAAUUUAACACAUAAAAUAAUUCAAAUAUUUAAUGUAUAAAGUUUUGCCAUACAAGAAAUGUGUUAAUAAUUGGAUAAGAAGAUGGAGCUUUAUCAUUAUGGAAAGUCUCAAAAGAUUUUUAAAUUACAGAUACACCGUUUUUAAUCAUAUCAUCUCAUGUUAAAAGCAUAACUAAUAUUGAUUGUUCUGUUUCUAAAAUUUUAAGUGUUGAUAUAGAAAAUGAAGUACAUAUUCAUUUUUAUGACGGUUUAUUAAUAAAAAAGAUAUAAUUAGCAUGUUAUGGAAGAAUUACAUAUUGCUAAAUUAGUUAUACAAUGAAUUUGUAUAUCUUUUUAAAUAGUUUUAAUAAACUUAUGGUUUAUAAUUAUGAUGGAUAAAUAUACAUUCAUCCUAUUGAGAUUCCUUAACAAAUUAAUAAUAUUCUACCUGUGACUCCUUUUUCAUCAUAAUUUAUUUAUGCAACUGAUAAUAUGUUAUAUUUUGAUGACAUAUUCGUCAUUAAAAUGAAAUAAGAUGGGAGAAUCAUAGAAAAAGUUCAUGAUAAUAAAAUUUAUAAUUACAAUUUUUCACUCAUCAAGGCUGUCUAAGGUCAAAAGUUGAUACUCAAUAAUAGAAAUUAGAAUAACAUUACAACAACUUAAAUAAUAUUUUAAAAUUUAGAUCGUAAUCCAAUAAGAUUCUAAACAGUUGGUUGUGAAAAUGGAAACUUUUGGUGUUUAUACAAUGAAGAUGAGAGUAAUUUAAUUAUUAAUUUUUAGUUUUCGAAUAUUAUGAGAAAAAAUUAUAAAAAUCAGGUCUCAAAUGA